AUGGGGACCAUGCAGCUCGAUGAUAACUUAAAGCGGGAAUUAGAUGAUAGUGGAUGCGUUCAAGACGAACCAUUUGCAUUGAAACAUGAAGGUGAAAAUGGCAGGGUCGACAGUGUCCAACUCCUCGACUUAUCCGAUGAUGUCAUGCUUUACAUCUUGAAGCAUUGCUCUGCGCGGGACCUGAAAGCACUAGGAUUUUCAUGCUCGAGACUUGCACGUUUGGUCCUGGAGAAAUCGCUGUGGCGCAACGUGGAAGCGAGGACGCAUCCGAAUGGAAGGGCCCAUAUUCGUUGGCUGUUGGCGCACGGGCUUCACGCUGACACUACGCGUCUGAUGCUGGCCGGAUUUGCCAGGCAGGCCGCUGGAUGCCUUGGCCAUGUGAAUAGCAUCAGAGAGUCGGAGGCUAUGGAACUAGAAAACGAAAGUGAACAGCGGGCUGCAGCUAUGUUAAUGGAUCAGGCCAAUCCACUACCGUUUCCCGAUUUACCGGUUGGUGCCUGUCGUCGAAGACCCCAUCGUGCCCGAUUCCAUAUAAGUGCUAACCAGCUGCCAAGAUUCAGUGGUUCCCCAUGCUGGCCAGAAGAAGUAGGUGAUGAAGAGGAGGAAAUAAGGGCCGAGGAUGUGCAUAAGUCUGCUAACGGAGUCUGCUGCGGGCCACAGUUCACCCUGACCUCGACUCUCCUCUCGCAGCUUCAGGCCAAGUGUCCCAAUCUGACGUCACUCGCUUUGGAAUACUGCAAUAUAAACUGUAAAACGACGGGUGUCAAUCUGUUUCCACCGACUUUGAAGACACUCUCCCUCCGCGGAUCGAAAUGCUUCAACCUACCCAUGGACAAGUCUUUCCUGUUCAAAAUCCAGGACUACGUGCCUGAUCUUGAGACGGUGGAUGUAAGCGAAUGCGAGUGGUUGGAGCCGUCAUCGCUCCUGCCGUUAAGCAAGCUUCGGAUUCUGCGACAGUUGUUCGCGAACAACUGCUCUCGUCUGUCAGAAUUUGUGGCGUACGCUUCCCUCGCUUCCAGAUACGGCUUCAGGGAGCUCGUGGAGCUGGAGCUGUGCGGCUGCCCCGUGGCCGACUCCGAGGUGUCGGCGCUGGGCUGGCUGCCCGCGCUGCGCACGCUGCGCCUGGCCGCCGCCCCCUGCCCCUGUCCCUCACCCUCUCCCACCCCCUCCCCCUGCCUCUCAUCCAGCCCCACCGCCGAGCACUCCCACCACCGCACCGCCCCCGCCCCCACGCCUAAUGAUACUCUUGCCGCUUGGGAGCUGCAGGAGCCGGAAUAUUUCAAACACAAACUACAAGCGGAGACUGAGAUGGACUCCAAUCAUAACGAGAACCAAGAAGGCCAGUCGAAUAGUGACAGAACACAGAAAGGCACAAAAGGUGAAAUGAAAGAAGAUAGUGAUGUGGUAGGAAAGAAUUCCUUAAAGCGGAAACCGGCAGACGGUAGUGGGGAUAGCUCCGCAAUAAAUGGUAACGAACCGUCUACUUCCAAACGAAAGAGGUUUCCAGACAACGGAGAGGGGAGGAGCCAAUGGAUGAAUGACAUGGAUGAAUCGGAUGAUGAUUCGCACGGGAGGAGAGUUCAUAGGAAUUCGGUUCGUGUGACAGUUUUUAGGACGACAGUGACUCACGAACACGAGAACAAGCAAAACCAGAACGGAGAGGCUGAGAAUGCUAAAGAGAAUGAACAAAUGGAGAGUGAAGGUGAUGGAAACGACCAAAAUAAUGUCAAAGCGGAGGCAAAAGAAGAGAACGGAGAUCCAGAUGAAAAGUCUAAUGGAGAGGGUUAUUCGAAUGGUGAAAAUGCCGUUAAUAAUGAAGCUAGCACCUCUAAUGAGUCCAGAGAAGUUGCGAACCCCCCAGCACUCAGGGGAUACAUUUGCUUCCGUAGGCACAGAAAUCCAUUAUACCAUGAAAUGCCUGAACCCCAACCGCCACCGCAACAAGAAGAAGCCCCAGGGGAGCCGGUGCACCGAGUUCUAUACGUAAAUUUUGGACAGCCGAGUCAAAUUAUGUACAGCUAUCCGAGGUAUAUGAACUUUGUAUCCGAUAGAGUGAACGUCUUCAGUCCCACACCCACUCAUCUGGACUCGUCGUCCCUCGUUUCCGACUCUUCAGUGAGAAGGUUUGGCCGCGCCGAUGACGAGGAUAUCAAUUACGUACAUAUUGGACCCAACGGACCGAUUCAAGGAAACGGGGAGUCCUUUUCAAGACCGGAUCGCUCCAGUUUGCGAAUAUUGUCUAUGGUAGGGUACAGACAUAUCACAGAUAGGAGCUUGGUGCACUUGGCUACCGCUGCACCAUAUUUACAGUUUUUGGACUUCAGAGGAACAAGUGUUACUGCUCAGGGGGUAGCAAAUUUCAAAACGCUUAGGCCGGAUUGUGAGGUUAGGUUCGGUGAAAUUAAGGAUGAAUGA